GGCUCCCACACGCCCCCCACCGGACCAGUGAAGCGGCUGCGCCCCUUGCUUUGGACCUCGGGCCUCACUUCUCCUCCAGAUGGACCCCAAGUGCUCCUGCCCCACUGGCGGCUCCUGCAGCUGCGCUGGCUCCUGCACCUGCAAAGCCUGCAGAUGCACCUCCUGCAAGAAGAGCUGCUGCUCCUGCUGCCCCGUGGGCUGCGCCAAGUGUGCCCAGGGCUGCGUCUGCAAAGGGGCCUCGGACAAGUGCAGCUGCUGUGCCUGAUGUCGCCGAGAGCCUGCCCCGGCUGUCAACAGAGCAACCAGGACGAACCUGCAUUUUACCGAUUUUCAUACAACCGGACCUGACGCUACAUUC